GCCCCUUCCGGGAAACCAGUUGUGAGGAAACUAGCUGCGGCCGGGGACCCCGCGCCGAUUUACCUCAGAGUCGUUUCUGCGGCCAAGUACCGGACCCAGGUGAGGAAGGACGGGCGGUGGACGUCAGGAGCUGCGCCUCGCCGUCGCUGCCGGGCCAGGGCGGCCCUGGGCCCUGAGCUCGGUGCUGAAGUGGCGCCCAGACACUCCCAGGUUCCCCACAGCCUCCCGCUUCCCGCCGCGUCCACCUCGCUCCUCAGCGGGUCCGCGCCUCCGCUGGACUCACGGGAGUGUUUUGGGCAUGCUGAUUAGGAUCAGAAAUGAGACUCUGAAAUGAUUCCAGGAGACUUGUAUUUUCAGUCUGCUACUGAAAGCUGGGGCUUUUGUUGCCUACUGCCACUUGCUUCCACAAGCAUACCCUGCCUGGAGCUAAGAUGAGAAGAAAGAGCAAAGAGAAAAGGAGGAAGAUCUGGUUCAGACUCUAAUCAAUCAAAAAGAUGCAGCUUCAGAAGCCAGAAUCAUCUCUUAAACACCACAGACUUGUGGCAUUCCUGGGCUGACCUGAGUCCCGUGCUGAACCUGCAGCUCUCUCUGGAAAUAACAAAGGCUCACCAUCAUGGAUCCUCUACGGGAAGCAAAUGGAACCUUUGCCUUAAACCUUUUGAAAAUACUGGGUGAAGACAGCUCAAAAAAUGUAUUUUUGUCACCCAUGAGCAUCUCCUCAGCCCUGGCCAUGGUCUUCAUGGGGGCAAAAGGAACGACUGCAAGCCAGAUGGUUCAGACACUGUCUUUGGAUAAAUGCAGUGGCAAUGGAAGUGGAGACGUCCACCAGGGCUUCCAGUCACUUCUCACCGAAGUGAACAAGACUGGCACACAGUACUUGCUCAGAACAGCCAACAGGCUCUUUGGGGAAAAGACUUGUGAUCUUCUAGCAUCUUUUAAGGAUUCCUGCCGCAAGUUCUACGAAGCAGAGAUGGAAGAGCUGGACUUUCAGGGCGCUACAGAGCAGUCCCGACAGCACAUCAACACCUGGGUAGCCAAAAAGACAGAAGAUAAAAUCAAAGAGCUGCUGUCUCCGGGUACAGUGGAUUCUGACACAUUGCUAAUCCUUGUGAAUGCCAUCUACUUCAAAGGAAACUGGGAGAAGCCAUUUAACAAAGAGGGCACCAGGGAGAUGCCAUUCAAAGUCAGCAAGGAUGAGGAGAAACCCGUGCAAAUGAUGUUUAAGAAGUCUACCUUUAAGAUGACCUAUAUUGGAGAGAUAUUCACUAAGAUCCUGUUGCUUCCCUAUGCUGGCAAUGAGCUGAACAUGAUCAUCAUGCUUCCAGAUGAACACGUUGAGCUCAAAACGGUGGAAAAGGAAAUAACUUUUGAGAAAUUUAUAGACUGGACAAGCGUGGACAAGAUGGAUGAAGAAGAGGUAGAAGUAUUUCUCCCAAAGUUUAAACUGGAGGAGAACUAUGACAUGAAGGAUGUCCUCAGCAAGUUGGGCAUGACUGAUGCCUUUGAUGGGGGCAGGGCAGACUUUUCUGGAAUGUCUUCCAAGCAAGGCUUGUUUCUGUCUAAGGUUGUACAUAAGGCCUUUGUGGAGGUCAAUGAGGAGGGCACAGAGGCUGCAGCUGCUACAGCUGCCAUCAUGAUGAUGAGGUGCAUGAGGUUCACCCCCCGCUUCUGUGCCGACCGCCCCUUCCUUUUCUUCAUUCAGCAUGUUAAGACCAAUGGGAUUCUGUUCUGUGGCCGGUUCUCCUCUCCUUGAGGAAAGGGUGUUCCUGUCAGUCUUUUACCCACUCUCCACCAUUUGCCUGUGACCCAAGUGACCUUAUCCAUAAGUGCAGUGACAGUUAUGAAAUAAAGGGCUUUAUGACACCCCA